AAAUUCAGUGCCCUUGUAUUAUUCUGUUGGAUUCACCAGAGUUUUCUCCAGGUUCAAUUAUUUUUUUAUCAUCAAAUUAAUAAGAGCUCCGCCAAAAGGCAUAUAGCUCGACGGCAGCACAUGGGAAUCAUCACCGAGAUGGGUUUGUUGGUACAAACAAAGAUCCCGCAGUGGACCGCCAAACCGCAGCAACUCGGCUCUCUUGGCAGAAUUAUCCCCAGGGGACGCGAAAAGGUAUUGAAAAACCUAAAGAUGCAUGACCCAGGAAGAUCACUACUUGGUGAAUUCUCAGCUAUUCGGAGAAGACGCGAAACCCAGGAGUCUGUGCUGCGUGUCAACAGGGCCAAGGAGGGGUCUAAAGAAUUUGCGUCUGAUGAUCCCCGGGCACGACAGCUAGGCAGGACUUUAUCCGACGGGUUUGCGGUUAUCAAGGAGAAAUACCGGGCCCCAGAUAACCCAAUUGUUCUGUGCCACGGACUUCUGGGGUUUGACGAGUUAAGGCUUGCAGGGAAUUAUCUCCCUGGGAUACGCUACUGGCGGGGAGUAACUGAGGCUUUCAAUGCUAAUAAUAUCGAAGUCAUUCUUACCAGCGUGCCGGCAUCCGGAUCCAUAGAAGUCAGAGCUAAGGCCCUUGCGGAAUGUAUUCGGCUAAGAGCGAAGGGUAGGAAUGUUAACAUGAUAGGUCAUAGCAUGGUAGGUUUUGGGGUUGGGGAUAGGGGGGAAUAG